GCAAACCGGUGUCGGCGACAGUCAAUUGGUCUCACUGUCACUCAUUGGACAGCAGCGGCGAAGUGGUGGACAAGAGUGCUCGACGUAAACUGAUUAUCGCCAGCAUAUUGUGCCUCAUAUUUAUGGUCAUAGAAGUGAUCGGCGGACUGUUGGCCAAUAGUCUGGCCAUUGCCACAGACGCGGCGCAUCUGUUAACAGAUUUCGCCAGUUUUAUGAUUAGUCUGUUCUCGCUAUGGGUCGCCUCACGUAAGGCCAGCUCUCGUAUGAGUUUCGGUUGGCAUAGGGCUGAAGUGAUCGGUGCCCUCACAUCGGUGCUCAUGAUUUGGGUCGUCACCGGAAUCCUGUGCUUUAUGGCCGUCGAGCGUAUAAUCAGCAAAAAAUAUGAGAUCGAGGCUCAGAUUAUGGUCAUUACGGCCUCAAUCGGUGUUAUAGUAAAUAUAAUUAUGGGAAUAUCUCUAUCGGCUGGCGGUAUAUCUCACGGUCACAGCCACGGAGGCGGUGGUGGCAGUCAUUCCCAUAACCACAGCGAUAAUCAUAAUCACAGCCACAAUAGUGGAGACGUAGAGAAGCAAAAAGCAACAAAUAUUAACGUUAGGGCGGCAUUCAUUCACGUUUUGGGAGACUUUUUCCAGAGUUUAGGUGUUUUGGUGGCCGCUCUCGUCAUCUAUUUCUUACCCGAUUGGGGUAUUGUUGACCCGAUCUGUACUUUCCUCUUCUCUAUACUAGUAUUGAUCACAACAUUCAAUAUAAUUAAAGACGUUCUCAAUGUUCUUAUGGAAGGAAAACCUCGUGGAGUGGACUUUCUUGAAGUGCAAAACACUUUGUUCAACAUUCCCGGUGUCCUCAAAGUCCAUAACUUGAGAAUAUGGUCGUUAAGUCUCGAUAAGACCGCACUGUCCACACACCUGGCCAUUGCCAAAGGACAGAAUCCGACAAAAAUACUGAACAUAGCGUCCCAACAGAUUAAGAAUCGCUACAAUAUCUAUGAGCUAACCAUUCAAGUGGAAGAAUAUAGGGAUGAGAUGAGUGACUGUCAACAGUGCCAAACACCCGAGUCUUAAGCGCUGAUAUACUAAUCAUUUCGUAUAGUUUGGAAAAUAACUUUUUAAAUCUCUUUUCAUAUUUCAUAAAUAAUUAUCGUUUUUAAUGUAUUUAUUUUGUAUUUUUGUUUCAAUAAAAGCCUUGAAAAUUCAUCGAUUUAUUUAACGAUAAAGA